GUCAGUCGCUCCAGACAAGGGAAGCGCUCGAGCCGCUCCGGAGCCCCGCACCGCAGCCGCGUUCAUGCGGGGAUAAGCGCCGCAUUUAUCCGCGCCGCUCGGAUUUACUUCCCCUCUGUUAUCCCAUCGACUCUUCAUCCAGCGCUAUUUUUGUUCCUAAUGGUGAUAUCGGAUACUUGAACUGAUUGCUCUCACUGGCGCCAUGAGUGGGCUUCUCAAGAGGAAGUUUGAGGAGGUGGAUGAGGACCCGUGCUACUCCUCUCCCUCUUCCCUCUCCUCUGCCUGCUCGGGCUGGGACUCGGAGGGGGAGAGCUGCUACUCGGACACCCUGGAUUCCACUCCCAGCAACCCCAGCUCCCCAGCAACUAACUUCAAUACCACAUCCAUCCUUAAGAAGGCCAAGCGAGCUCGACGGGGAAAUGUGACAUUUGACCAGGUGACGGUGUUCUUCUUCCCGCGGUGCCAAGGCUUCACCAGUGUUCCCAGUCGGGGAGGAUGCACUCUAGGCAUGAUGCAGCGCCACAGUUCGCUCCGCACAUUCACGCUUGCAGAGUUUGCUGUGGAGCAGCGGCUCCUGCGCCGGGAAAAACUCCUCAACAGACUCAGGGAAGAGAAACUGGAAGCUCUGAAACUAAAGCUGACAAAGAAUGGAACCCAAGAAAACGAGGAGGCGGACCGGCUGACGGUGGACGACAUCCCAGAGCAGGAUGUAGACGUCAGCGGAGCCAACCUGGACGAGGGCUCUUUCCUGCAGCCUUACCCGUCUAAACAGCGCUAUGCACUGCUCAAAUCAGCGGGCGUGAAGAAGAUCGAUAAGGAGGAAAAGAGGCAGCUGCAUGAGCUGAGAAUCUCCAGGGAGAACUGUGGUUGUGACUGCCAGGGCUUCUGCGAACCGGAAACAUGCAGCUGCAGCCUGGCUGGCAUCAAAUGUCAGAUGGAUCACUCUUCUUUCCCGUGUGGCUGCACCAAGGACGGCUGCGGAAACACAGAGGGCCGCAUUGAGUUCAACUCCACCCGGGUCCAGACGCAUUACAUCCACACCAUCAUGAAACUGGAGCUGGAGAAAAGACUGGAGGAGCAGUCGAGCACGGAGGAAGAGGAGGAGGAGAACACAACAGAUGCCAACCCCCUACCAGCAGUGCCCUCAUUCCCCUUUAGCUCGGAGCUGGCAGCAGCCGGAGAGAACAGUUGCAGCAGCGACAUGACGGACUUAUCGGACUCUUCGGGUCAGAGUGAGGACUCGGAGGCCGGCGAGGGCCAGUGCCAGCAACAGAGCCCGCUGGACGUCGACGAAAAAGGCCUGAGCCGCAUACUCUGUUUCACCGACACGGAAAGCUGCUCAAAAAGUAACGUGGAUGGCGAGGAUAAGAACAGUAGAAACACUCAACAGCACGAGCAGCAGCCAUCCACGGAGGCGUUUACUAGCUUUAGCAUGGUGGACUUUGCCGACGAGAACGACAAUAUAGACGCUGCACUGUUGGACUCUGCAGACGAUCACACAGACAAUCGAGCAACAGCCAUUUCAGAACUUUUAGAUGAGAAUGCCAACCAGGGAAAUGCCCUAUUCCACAGCAGUAGUGUGCCACACACGCCCUCCCCCACCAUCGACCGCUCUGCAAGCUACAACAUGGACCUGAGCCUCUCCUCGGAGUCCGACCUGGAGUUCUUCGAUGGCUUCCCUUGUCUGGGCCACAGCUCGCUCUACAACUCCCUCAAGGAGUACGAGCACAUGGACAAUUUCUUUCAGUAUCAGUCGCCUAGUUACCCCAGUUUCCCCACGGCGAGCGACCCUGGGACGUGCCUACUGGAGUCACUGAUCGGCCUCUCGGAAUCCGUCCCAGAACCCCCCGCCACAUUUACGGACAAUCAGCUGAUGGAGGAAGCCAUGAAACUGUCUGUGAUGGAGUCUGUGAAAGUUUGACGAAAUUUGUGGACUGUGUAAGAAGAAAAUACAAAAAACAAAAAAAAAAAAACAGGGGUUUUGUAGGGCGCUGAAAAUGCACAUAAGAUGUCAACAUGUUUGGAGGAAGCUGUGAUUUCUCUUUUGCCUAAUAAAUGUUAGGUUUCCACACUUGCCUUCAAAAUGUUAGCAAAGCAGUUUGGGAUUAUCGCUGUGUGAGAUGGCAGCUAGUGUUUGAAAUUAAACAAACAAACAAAGGGAGCUCAGUUUGACCAGACUCGUAGAAACCAAUGAUGGCUCUCAAUUCCUAAGAAAGCUCUUUUGAACCAAACCAAAAUCAAAUGCUAAACAGGAAUCAGCCUCGACUGUGGCCAGGUUGGAAAUCUCAACACAGCUGAAUGUGCACCUCAGGGAAUUUCUUUCUAGCUUUCUAGCUUUUGGAGGCAAUGUGCGGUGACCGUUGCUGUGAUGGCCUUCUAUUGAAACCCGAGUCAAAUUGCAAAAAUAGUCCUCGUACGUGUCCUACCUUCGGGAUUGCACCCAGACGACUUGAGCUACUGGGGUCAACCGUGAAGAUAGUGGACUGUUUCUCCUCAAGAUCUGUCCCAAGGGUCUUACAUGGUACAAAAAAGGAAAAACAAAUCCCUGUUAAAGCUCCUCGAUCAGCACUUUAUCUGUGAAAAUAGCUAUGUAUGCAUAGGCAUCGUUGUUUUGGUCAUUUGGGAUGGAUUCAGCAGUUCAACGCUAAAUUAUGGAGUUUCUUAUUUAUGAGCUGGGAAACUACAAUUAAUUCUCACACUCUUUAAACCUGUAGCUGUAUUAUCUUUAUUGCUAUUGUUUUAAAUUAUUUCCUUUUACAAUUUUGUUUUAUUUAUUUCAGUUAGAGCCUCCUUUCAUUCAAGCAGCACUGUGGUUUUGUACACCCUAAAGUACAAUCUUUCCUUUUUUCCAUAUCACGUUAACGCAUUGUUAUGGGAAAUGGGACCACAAAUCCAUCAGCAAGUAUUUAAUAUCUUACUUUUUUCUCUUUUUUUUUCUUUCUUUUUUUGUAAGUUAUUCUGUCAUUAUUUCAUUAGCUAUUUAAUUUAAGAUAUUUUGGCAAUAACAUGGGCUGUUGUAAAGUUUACUGGAUGUGCCUGUUUAUCCGGGGAGCCAUGCCUGCCGCUGGUGUGAGCACAGUGCUUCCAUUUAAGCUUUGGGACUGAAAACUGUGGAUUCUCCCUAAUCACUGAAACAAAAUUAUGGGUCUAUUGUGUUGCUGCCUAUAAUGUAACCAUAGAAAAUUACACUAAUAUUUUGUAACUAAUUUAUGUAGGAUGAUAAAAGAAUUCUAAUCACUGACAAAUUGAAUAUUUUAUUAAGAAAUUAGUAAUUUUCAAUCGGGGACAGCCUUUGUAAUAUACUAAUUAUAAAAGAAAUGUAUACUUAUGAAGGUAAUUGCUCUGCAGCAUUCUGAAGUAUUUUUUUGUAGGCAGCCUUAGGGUUGGAAAUCUUAGAGAAAUGCCACUAAAACUAAUUGCAAAGAUCAAUUUGAUUGUACUCUGAAUUUCUUUGGAAGUCUGUGACUUGGGUUAAAGUAUGUUAUGAAAUACACACGUGAAGGGUAUUUUUUGGGGUAAAAACUGCAUAUAUUAUACAAUUUUUAUCGCAAACAAACCCUGAAAUUUGAAGAAAUGCCUCAUCAAUUAUAGAACAAGAUGUUUUUUUUUAAAGGUGAUCGUGCCGUCACCUGCGUGAAGAGCUGAGAGACACUAGAGAGUUGAUGUACAUAUCUCACCCUUUCUACAGCUGAUUUAUCAGCCUUUCUGGACCCUUUUAGAAAAAAAUGCAUGCAGGUCCUGUUUGUUAAGACUUGUUCUGAUUAAUUGUAUACUUUUGAAAAGUGCAAAGUCACAUCGGAAAUGUAUUAUUCGCUUUUUGCCUUCUUAAUUAUUUUGAAAAAUCCAUCCGAUAUGUUCUUACGCCGUGAAGAGGGCACUAAUUAUUUUUUUUAUUUAAUUUUUUUUGCAAGCAAAUGUUUGUUUCUCUUGUAUAAAAACAUCAAUUCUCAUGAAGAAAUGGCAACAGUGAGUGUUUCAGUGUAAUGUAUUACAGUACAGUUGAUUUUCAUGUUUUCAAAAGAACGUGUCUUACUUUUUCUUUCUUUUUUUUGCCUUUUGUGUUGUGCAUAUUUCUGCUUGAAAGGUCCUGCAGAGCAAACAAAGCUGCUUUAUUUUUUACAUAUUCACACAUUAACCUGCUGUUCAAAAACAGUUUCUUUCAUCUAAGCCAUUUUUGACAGCUUAUCCCUCCAAAUAAUAAUAAUAAAAAAAAUCCUUUUGUAAA